UCGAGCUCAGGAUGGGCGCGAGUGCCUCCGGCGGACCCCGGGCGCGGGCCGGCAUCCGGCCGCCGCUGCUGCUGCUGCUGCUGCUCGGGCUGCUGGCUCCGGGCGCGCAGGGGGCGCGGGGCCGAAGCGGCCCCGAGAAGAACAGCUACCGCCGCACGGUCAACACCUUCUCGCAGAGCGUCAGCAGCCUGUUCGGAGAGGAAAACGUGCGCGUCGCGCAGAAGUUCCUGACCAGGCUGACCGAGAGGUUUGUGCUGGGAGUCGACAUGUUUGUGGAGACUAUGUGGAAAGUCUGGACGGACGUCUUGGAUGUUCUUGGACUCGAUGUCUCCAACCUCUCCCAGUACUUCAGCCCAUCCUCCGUGGCCAGCAGCCCAGCCCGUGCCCUCCUGCUGGUAGGCGUCGUCCUCCUGGCCUACUGGUUCCUGUCCCUGGUGCUGGGCUUCACCUUCAGUGUCCUGCACGUGUUGUUUGGCCGCUUCUUCUGGGUGGCCCGCGUCCUCCUGUUCUCCAUGUCGUGUGUGUACAUCCUGCACAAGUAUGAGGGCGAGCCAGAGGGCGCGGUGCUACCCCUGUGCCUGGUGGUGGCCGUCUACUUCAUGACCGGGCCCAUGGGCUUGUACUGGCGCAGCGGGCCCAGCGGGCCCAGCGUGGAGGAGAAGCUGGAGCACCUGGAGAGCCAGGUCAGACUGCUCAACAUCCGCCUCAACCGGGUGCUGGAGACCCUCGACCACUCCAACAGCAAGUGACAAUCAGCCAGCCGGCCGGUGCCCCCCGCUCCCGCGCCCCCGCUCAGGAAGCAGAAGAAAAGGAGGAAGAAGAGAACCCCGACCCCCAAACAGUCGUAAUAAACAUUCCUGAGCAAGAGAGGGGCGCUCUGGGGGGGUCUUUCCGGCCACGUGACGGCGCCUGGGACAUGUCCCCGGUGGGGAGAGAGGUGGUUUGUGUAGAUCUGCCCACGACUCAUGUGAGUGGGGGAAAAGCGUAUUUUUUCAACAAAGGCGAUUACUCCUAGUAGCUGUACAGCAAGAGAGGUUUAUCUGUAUAGAGCAUAAAGUUACUUUUUUCAAGCAUUUCAAUACAUCUUUUGUAAGGUUUUUUAAUAAAGGCAGAUCAAGUCAAGUGUAUUCCAGCCGGGGCGGGGGGUGGGGGGCAAUACGCAGAUCUGGUGGCAGAGACUCCACACAAGCCUGGGUUUCCACCCGUAGGGGUGCUGGGUGGAAUCUUGUGUGCUUCUCGUGUUCCCCGUGGUGAGAUGAGCCUCACUUUCCGGUCCACUUGGUUGGUGCUGACCAAGUGUCCCUUCUGAUGUGGGUUGGGCUCCUAGUCGAACCCCCAUUUCAGGAGCCCGAUGACCCAGCCAGCGCCCCACGAUCCUGUUGUUAUGUUGACAAAUCAUUGGUUAGAAAACCCUAGUUUUUUCCCUCUCCUCUGUACUUAGAUGUAUUUUAACCUCAACCUUUUGUAAAAGAAAAUUCAUGGAGCAGGCAAGGAAAUGCUGGGGGGUGGGGAGAGUCGGGGUGUAGGCUGGUGCUCACGGUGGAGUGUGUGCCCUGACUGCCAUUUGCCUGCGAGGCCCAUUUAGGGAAGAUACACUCUUCAGGGGUGGGGUUUUUUGUUGUUGUUGUUGGUUUUGUUAUGCUCUGUUAUGGUCGUUGCAGGACCCUGGAAGGGUUACAGACUGUAGCAGCUAAUAACAUUUCCCAGCCCGUUGCUGCUUAUAAAGAAUCCUCAGGAACCAUAGGCAGCACUAAACAAGACUUGGGGAAGAUCUGAGUUGUUUUUCCUGGAAUUUCUUUAACACCUGUGUUAGGUGCUUUUUGCCCUGAAUCUGUGGUCCUUGUUUAGGUGGCACUGGGGAAGCCCCUUCUGGACCCCAGGUGAAGAGAAGCAUCAGGACCCACAGGGCAGGGGAAAGCAGCUUUGGAGACUGAAGGGGGUCGCCACUGUCUCCACAGCGCUCCCUGCUCCUGAACACCCUGGCAGCCCCCCAUCACAGAUCCCCACCUGCAGAUUUUCAGCGACCCCUACAGAUGGGGUGGAGCCAAUCUGGUCCCAUGACCCCUGGAGAGGCCCUGCUCAUGCCAUGUCUUUGUGAGGCUUUACUUCCCGUAACUGUAUCUGGGAAGCUGCAGUAGAGGUGUUGGAGUUUGCUUAUCACAGCUGUGACUUUUAAGGUGCAUACAAUGGGGCCCCAGUUCUCCUGUAUUGGGUUCACUUCCAGCUCUCUAGAUUUGCUGGGGGGGAAAUCUUAAUCCUAUGGUUUCUGGAUUGAAAUCAUUUUGAUUUUGUCACAGACCCUAAGAGACACAUCUGUCUAGCACCAGGCGUAAAUGACCCCAGGGAGGUUCGCUCUGCCCCCUCCCUCCCUGCAUUUGGCCUGCGUGUGUCAGCCUGCCCGACACUGACAGUUGCCUGCAUCUGUUAAUCAGGGAAGCUGGCAUUUUCUCCAGAAGCUUCUAAACUUCUGGUCUGGAGAGAAUAGCCACCCCUCCCUCCCUGCACCCUCCCAAGUGAACUCCCAAAGGCUGUCCUGAGGUCUAGACCUGAAACACAUUUUAAGUCCUAGUAAGUCUGGAUUGCAGGGCACCGGUGAGAGCUGUCCGGCAUUGGCACUGGGCUUUCCAGGUUAGCUAAGCCUAGACCUUGCUAUACUCGAGGGGUCGAAGUCUAUUGAGAACGUAUGCUCUGUUUGGAAGUCACUUCAUGGGAGAAUAUUCUUUGAAAUCUGUUAGAAAUUCUAGAUGUUAGGUCUAAAUAUCUGGCUGUUUAAGGCCUAAACUUGGCUUUUGUGUGGGUAUAUUUGGGUGUUUGACUUUUCCCCCUUUUUCUAGGAAGCUUGUAGGGUGUCUCGCCUCCCUGGUCAUCCUUUCCUCCAUCUCUUUUGUACGUGGAAAAUGUAUUUUUGUACCAUAGCUCGUACAUCCAGGAGAAACCUUUUUAAUAUCUGCAGAACUCUAGCUACAUCAGUGCAAUGCAGCUUCAUUAAGUGUGACAUGGAACCCUCCUGGCACAAGCUGGGCAUCGUUUUUGAAAAUAAUCAGUGUUCUUUUCCUCCGCUCCAGUAUCACAAUAAACACCACCAACAGAAGGCAGGGAGAGGAUGGGCCAUGCUUUUAAUGGCCGUGUCUGCGGAGGGCGGCCUCCUUCCUUGACAUUAGCGAACAAGCUUCCCCAGGACCCCUAAAUGUAGCUCCCUUGCCAGUCAAUGUCACCUGCUUUCUGGGGUGUUUUGGUUUCAAGUUUCCUCCCUCUUACCCUGCAGCAGCCUCAGAAUUUCUGGAAAGCUGGCCUUGGGCUUUGUGCUGGUGUUUCAAUUUCUAGAAGUAACCAAGGGACGGCGUGGGGAGCAUCCUCUCCGCCACGCAGGCAGGAAGUGUGUCACAUGCAGUGGAGGGGAGCAGAGAGGGAGACAGGGACCAGGCCUUGAGGAGGAAGGUGGUGAGUCACUUGGUGGGGAACCCUGAUCCUAAGUGACAUGCAGGGCAGGUUGACCACUUGCAUGUUCUGCCAAGAUUUGGGGGUCCCCGAGGGCUGCUUGGCUGAAAAAUAUAAACUACAAGAGUGUUAACCUGGCCUGAGGUUUGUUUGGCUGCUGGUGGAGAGGUUUGGUGUCACACCAAAAAACUGAUAUGGGGGCCUCCCUGGUGGCGUAGGGGUUUAGUCUCAGUGCUUUCAAGCAAUCACCAGCCAC